UAGCUAGGGCGACCGCAGUUCCGGUGAACAAAGCCAUGGAGAAUGCCGGACGACGUGUUCUUCGCUACUUAGCGGGGACGAAGCAGCAAGGGAUUGAGUAUUCGCCCGAGACGGAGAAGAAAUUCGUUGAGGACUUAGCCAAACUAGCGGACCACGAGGAGAACAAGAAGAUCCAUCCUGAGCUUUUGAAGCACCCGGCCACAGCCUACGGAGAUGCCAGCUUUGCCUCCACGUACAAGAAGAUGCGUAGCAUCACUGGAGUUGUCAUCUAUCUCUACGGUUUUCCUGUGGCUUGGAAAAGUCAGCCGCAAACCGUCAC